GAAAGAAGCCUGCAAAUGGCCAGAGAUGAGAUGGUUUUGCAGAAAAAACCAGCCCUCGUCUGGAAACCCGACGUGAGGAAUUGGAAGUUAAAGCUGAAAUGGUGACAGUGCACCCUGGGUCCUGGUGGGAUGAGCUCCACAGAGAUCCACAUCCACAACCAUCAUCUGCUCUAUGCUGGGCUCUUAUCAAGAGGUUUGGGGACUGCUAAGCUCCCACUCCAUGCUCUCGAGGACCUGCAGAGCCUCCACCACCUCCAAAGCCAUGUGUGGAGGAGAUGCCUCUUUCCGUGCGCCCAUCCAACCUGCAAUGGGAGCCCAGCCCAUGUGUGCCUGCCACCAUCACCUCCUUGUACCAGCUCCUUCCCCACUGGGAACCACUGGAGCAACUGAGAAGGAUCCAACAGAAACAGAGCAGCCAUCAACUUCUGCUCCAGCCUUGCAUGGGAACCACUGGGAAGGGUCUGUUUUCAAACAGGUGUGCACUCUUCCAGCUCCUGCUGUGUGCCCACACUGGGACCACCUGAGAGCCAGCGCUUUGGGGCAGCAGCUGCUGCUGCUGCUGCUGCUGGUAGUGGCCAUGCUCAGCAUGCAUGGUGAGUGACCAGCUCGUAACCACAUCCACAGCACAAGAAACCACAGCUUCUAUGAGUAGAAACCUUGACCUUUUCCCUCACAGUGAUGUAUGGGUUUUUUACCGAGCUGCUGUUGACCACCCAGAAGCGGUGGCAACAGACAGGAGGAGCUGGAAGCCAUCAUGCAGCAGGAAUCGAAGACUUAGUAGGCAUCACCAAAUGAUGGUGGGAUCACUGCCACAAGUGCAGUGGUGCUGUGGGGAGCUGUGAGCUCUUUUGGAAGGGUAGGCAAGGAAGGAGAGGGCAGUGAGGUGUCUCUCUGUGUCAGGGAGUGCUUCACUGCGGUAGAGCUGAAUGCUGGGAACGAUCAGGUCGAGUCCUUAUGGGUAAGGUUGAGAGGGAUGGGCAGCCAGGUUGACAUCCUAGUGGGAGUCUGGUACAGAGCACGGGGCGGUUUAACUCAGCGCAUGGCUGAUGGCUGCAGGUGGGUCCUACCUGUCUGCAAGUGGGAUACGGAUCCCAGCCUUGGAGCUGGCGCGGCUCAUUGAGAGGGCUUUAAGCUGGCAUCCCUUUGGGGAUGGCGUGUGACACUGAGGGGUGACAGUCACUAAUUAGUGAUCAGAGGCAAGUAAUACAACAUGCGGAGAUGACAUCACAGCACUACAACCACAGGAGGAACUCACAGCAGCUCUCCAGCCACUUCCUGUGCCCACUACAGUCUCGCUGUCCCCAAGCUGCUCCUGCCUCAUGGAAUCAAUGGCGCUGGCCCUCAUCUUGGGUUGGUGUCUGGUGGCAGCCGGCAGGGAACAGCACCUGCCCCGACCCUCCCUCUCACUGCUCCCCAGCCAGGGGGUGUCCGUGGGGGACACUGUCACCCUACAGUGCCACUUGCCCCAGCUGGCUGCCCGGGUCAUGCUCUACCAGAACAGAUGCUGGAGAACCGAGAAGGAGAACGAGAAGAGGCAGACCACAGUGGAGUUCUCCUUUCUUUACACAAAGUGGACAGACAUGGGGGUUUACUGGUGCCAAUACCAGGUGUUGGAUCCACCCAAAACAUCAGAGCAGAGUAACCCCGUGGAGCUGGUAGCGACAGAUCACAUGUACCCCCCACCUGGCAUUUCCCUGAGCCCUGAGGAACAUGUGGAGAUGGGGACCAAUGUCACCAUCCAGUGCUGGAACCAGGGUUAUCAUGGCACCUUCUUCCUGCACAAGGAUGGNGCAAUUGCUCACCAUGCAAAGACCAAUGGUAGAAGCUGGACAGAGUGGGAGGGAGGGAAUUUGGGGGGGAUCUAUAGGGGAUGUAUAAGGCAUCUGUAG